AUGAGACAGACCGAGACAGAGCGCACAGAGGCCGAGACAGAAAGAUUCCCUGCUCGGCUGAAUGGCUCCAACCUGGUGCCCGGACCCCUGCCCCGCAUGCCCUUUGAUGACCCGUUCUUUGUGGUGGAGACGCUGUGCAUCUGUUGGUUCUCCUUUGAGCUGCUGGUGCGCCUGGUGGCCUGCCCGAGCAAGGCAGCCUUCUUCAAGAACGUGAUGAACCUCAUCGAUUUUGUGGCUAUUGUACCCUACUUUGUGGCACUGGGCACCGAGCUGGCCCGGCAGCGGGGAGUGGGCCAGCCGGCCAUGUCGCUGGCCAUCCUGCGAGUCAUCCGACUGGUGCGGGUCUUCCGCAUCUUCAAGCUUUCCCGGCACUCAAAGGGCCUGCAGAUCUUGGGGCAGACGCUGCGGGCCUCCAUGCGUGAGCUGGGCCUCCUCAUCUUCUUCCUCUUCAUCGGUGUGGUCCUCUUCUCCAGCGCAGUCUACUUUGCCGAGGCUGACCGGGCGGACACCCAUUUCACCAGCAUCCCCGAGUCCUUCUGGUGGGCAGUGGUCACCAUGACCACAGUUGGCUAUGGAGACAUGGUGCCCGUCACUGUGGGCGGCAAGAUCGUGGGCUCUCUGUGCGCCAUUGCUGGCGUGCUGACCAUUUCCCUGCCUGUGCCAGUCAUUGUCUCCAACUUUAGCUACUUUUACCACCGGGAGACAGAGGGCGAAGAGGAAGGGAUGUUCAGCCAUGUGGACACACAGCCCUGUGGCAUACUGGAGGGCAAGGCCAAUGGGGGGUUGAUGGAUGGAGAGGUGCCUGAGCUGCCACCUCCACUCUGGUCCCCCCCUGGGAAACACCUGGUCACUGAAGUGUGAGGGACAAUUGAGGUCUGCAGGACCUCAUACCUCCUUGGAGGGAGGGAGGGAAGGGAAGAGGGAAAGGCCAGGGGGAGGGGUUGGGUUUAGGAAGAACUAGGUUACGUGGUAUUGAGUGGGGGAACACAGAUUCUUCUUGGGUCUUGAGUUG